CAUCGUCAUCUUUUCAUCGUCCGUAGCCAUUUGGGCUCAAGCUUUUUCGCCUCAACCACUCUGUGGCGCUCCAGUGAUCGCGUCUCCUCGGCGCACGCCUGCUUGCUUCCGCUGCAGACCAGAGCUCACACCUCAUCUCGCCCGCAUGGCGCCGCACCGCCGCAGCGAAGACAUGGAGCUCAGCAGCGACAGUGACGCGGCCGCGCCAGCCGCUGGCUGGAGCACCAGCAGGGUCCUCGGCUGCGCGGCGCUGGCCUGUGCCGCCUGCGCCGCGGGCGGCUUCGCGGCAGGUGGCGGCGCCAGCUCGCCAGGGGGCGGCCCCGCGGCCAGGCGCGAGUUGCUGCAGGUGCUGGCAAAGCCGGCGCGGGAGAAGUGCAGCGACGUGUCCGGGGACUGCUUCGAUACAGCGUGCUGCGACGUGGCUGGCUUCACCUGCUUCGUGACGACCACGCCUGGCUCGGCCCAGUGCAUGAAGAACUGCACGCCCAGCGAGACGACGGCCUGCGCGGUGCCUGUGCCCAAGGUCGGCGAGCCGAUGUACCUGGACAACGCCGUAGCACCUGGAACAUCGAUGUAUUGCUUCUCCGUUUACAUGGCAGACACUGGUAGCGACGGCAAAACCGAGCGCCCGGACGAGCUGAACUUGCUGAAGGCGGCGUACGACAGGAAGAUAGGCAUCUUCGCGUGCGAGCAGUGGGGCAUUUUCAGCGACAAGCCAGGCGACCUGGCCCCUGGCGUGCCCUUCGUGGCGGUGGACGACGCCGAUGGUGACUUCCACAUUCUCAAGCGCAAGGAGACCGGCACCUGGAUUAACACAGGAUUGCACACACAGGUCUGGAAGGCGAUCAGGGCGGCGGGAGACUACCAGCGCGCCAGCUGGGUGGUCAAGGUAGAUUGCGAUGCGGUGUUCUUGCCGAGCCGCUUGAGGCCCUUCCUUGCCUCCCAGGGCGAGCCUGGGAGCGGUGUGCCUGGCAUCUACCUCGAGAACUGCAAAUACUGUAAGUGGGGUUGGUUCGGGAACUUGGAGAUCAUGUCGCUGACUGCCGCCCAGACGCUGUUCCCGAACAUCGAAUGGUGCAAGCAGGUCCUGGAUUGGAAGACGGGAGUGGAGGGCGGCAAGUACGGGCCGAUGGGGGAGGACCUUUUCGCUCAGAGCUGCUUGGACGCCAUGGGUGUGCGCCGCGGCGGGGCGUUCGACACUACUCUGGAUGCGGCCUGCGAGGCGGAUCGCCCAGAGGACCAGAAAAAGAACAAGAAAUGGAGGCCUGACUGCACGGAGAGGAAGACCGCAGCAUAUCAUCCCAUGAUGAAGGUGGGUGAUUACGUGAAGUGCUUCGAGAAGACGGUGGAGGCAUUCGGGUACUGAGUUCUUGGGAGACGCGCUCUGCGAAUUACUUCGAAGAAGUGGCAGCGCAAGAGCUGUUGCCCGAUAUUCGUGCACAGUUCAGCCAUCAGCACGUUUUUUACCUGCCACGAGUCAACGUCCUCGUGGCUGAGUGCUCGGUCGAUGCGAGGCCCGUAUCCUCCGAGGUGCGCUUGUGGUGGACCCGCGGCGCGCAAUUAACAUACACAUGAUGACCUCUGGGAUGUCGCCAGGGGGGAGAUGACUUCUCCUGCGGUGACCUAUCGAUGCCGACUGCCAAGCUGGAGGCUCUGAACCCAGGAGUUGUCAUGCCGAUGAUGAUC